UCUACAAUGUUAUGUCUUCUCCAGACUGACAGAGACCAAGCCAUUGCUGAGCAAAGCCUACACAAUGGAAACAUCCCUUUUGUCAAGCCAGCAUCUAGCAAAGAAAGAGAAUUGGUUCCCCAAACUCUUAUAACCAGCAUUGAGUGCACAGGAGCACAACUAUCAAGACAAUCUGAGACACCAGUUCGACCCAAAGUACUCCAAGGAACUCAUCCCUUAAAGCCUGAAACUGAACGAGAAGGACGCUCAUUUAAAAUGCUGUCCACCAAGAGUAAGCCAUCAUACUUCUCUGCUGAGAAAGCAAACAUUUCAACUUCAUACUCACAGCCACAGAUGUCCACUUCCUCUCCCACAAUCCACAAAUCAAAACACCACCAUGGUUCCCCACACCCUCCAUUAUUUCCACAUCAUCAAACUGAGAUCCCAGACACCUUUCCUGAUCCUUCUCCUCUAAUCCCACAUGAGCAUAUUUCCCCCUUUCCGCCAUCAUCCUCUUUAAAUUCGGCCCUCACUGUCUCGCCGCAGAGUUCAGCUUUACUCCUCAAUGCCUGCCGAUCGAAGCCAUUACAAAAAGGCUCAAUAUCACCUGUCCUCCCACAGAAGUUACAAUCAUCCCAGUUACUUCUUGAACCAAUCCCAUCAGCGACGCCUUCCCAAUCACCAACAAGCAAUCUAAAGAGCCCGAACCAAUCCCACCAGGAGUCUCUGCUUUUAGAUCAUUCCCUUCACUUUCCUUCAUCGCCUAUAUCAUCCAGCACAAAUCCACCUCAAGGAGGCUUGAAUAUAUUGUUUUCCGGCUCACCUGGAGUCAGCCACUUGCCUAUGAAUAAAUGUGGCUCUAGCUCAUUAACAUAUGCAGACGCCACAGGUUUUAUGUCCUCUACUCCAACGACAAGUGUUGAAUCACUUCCGUCGUAUCUUUUGAAAGGCACACAGGAUCCUUUGAAGGCUGUGGAGAUGGAAGAGGAAGACACACCAACAGAUAGUGAAAGUGACAUGUCCUGUGACAGCCUGGAUUUGACAGCAUAAGACUCUUCAAAUCAAGUAGGAGAGAAUAACAUUCCAUAGAUGUUCCACUGUAUAAACAACAGACUUCACCCUUGCUCCUGAUGGGUGGUGGUUAGGGCCUUGCAUGGCAGCUCCCGCCAUAAGUUUGUCAAUGUAUGUGUGAAUGGGUGAAUGUGGAAGUAGUGUCAAAGCGCUGUGAGUACCUUGAAUGUAGAAAAGCGCUAUACAAGUAUUACCCAUUCAUAACCCAGAGGACAUGAUCUUCCUGAGGAGACCUAAAGUAGACUUUAUUAUCGUAGCUGACUUGGUUUGUUGCUUUAAAAGUUAUUACUUUGCAUUAUUCAUCAAAAGCUUGAAAAUACCCGAGGCAGAGGUGGUAAAGGUGCAAGUGCAGUGAAGGAAAAGAACAAAGUACUUAUAUAGUGCUGUAAUUUAUCCCUAAUGACCUAUAAUGCUUCUUUAAAAGUGUUGAAGCAAAAAUGAUGUCUGCGGUGGUGAGGAUAGUACGUUUGGCCUUUAAUCUUUCUGUUGUUUUUCUACUACUUUUAUAAACGUGGGCCCAUGCUGAUAGAUGCACUUUUUCAAGGUAUUCAACAACAUAAGUACACACUGGUACUAAACUACAUUAAGCUCUAUGCCACAGUCUAACUGAAUUACAGUGGUACCUUGGAGUACAAGUGCCUCAUCUUACGAGUUUGUCAGGAUACGAGCUAUUUUUCUGUUAAAAAAUGGAUGAUAUUUAUUGAAUUAAAGAAAUAAAUCAAAAACAGGUAGUCAACUUGAUGAAGCAGUUGGAGUGUAUGUAGCACUGUUAGUUUGCACCACACUGAAGCAGAAUGAGUCAACAACGCCAGCCAAGGAUGUUUAAAUAUUAUCAAAACGGUGGACAUUUAUCCAUGAAAAUAUGGACAAGCUGCUAAUGGUGUGUUUGACUGAUAAACAGCUGGAAGGAGAUACUGUAUAAUCUGCUUUCCAAGGCAAAUGCCGUGCAUUAUUGUAUUCAUUCAAAAAAGUACUUUAGUUUGUAGUACAUUCUAUUGUAUUGAUUUGCGUGCAAUAUUUCUUAUAUUACAGUUUCUUUUUAUUUUAAAAAGGGAUUUUAUGUCUUUUUCAAGGAUGACCCUUGUCACAGAACCAACUAAAAAUGUAUAUUCCGAGGUACCACUGUAUUUUGCAGCCUUACAAUUGUCUCUGCAUGACUUUAAAGCUAUGCUAUGUUUUAAAACAUGGGUUUGCACUAAUUAUAGUGCUCAAUUGUAUUAUUUUGUCUUAAAAAAACAGACUUGUGGAAAUGUACGGCCUAAUUUUUUGAUGUGGAAGAUGAUAAAUACCCCUUGAAAUCAUUGGUAGAGCCUCUCCUAUAGCGUUCACUUAAAGAGACAGUGCACACUAAAUUAUUACAAGACUUGGGACUCUGGUAGUGUUUAGCGUAGUCCAGUGUUCUAACAUUGAGAUUUGUGUACAGUAUAAUAGAGUGACUUGGAAAAAAAUGUCGUUGUCUUACU